GCAGUGAAUAUAUUUUAUAUUAAAUUUUCCUGUGAUAUCCUGAAAGCAGAUGACAUGGAUAAAAUUAACCAGACAUUUACAUCAGAAUUUCUUCUUCUGGGAUUCUCUGGUUACCCAAAACUGGAGAUCAUGUACUUUGUUCUAAUUCUAGUAAUGUAUCUAGUGAUUCUAACUGGCAACGGUGUUCUGAUCAUAGCAAGCAUCUUUGAUUCUCGUCUUCACACCCCCAUGUACUUCUUCCUGGGCAACCUGUCUUUCCUGGAUAUCUGCUAUACAUCCUCCUCUGUUCCCUCAACUUUGGUGAGCUUAAUUUCAAAGAAAAGGAACAUUUCCUUCUCUGGAUGUGCAGUGCAGAUGUUCUUUGGGUUUGCAAUGGGGUCAACAGAGUGUUUCCUCCUUGGCAUGAUGGCUUUUGAUCGCUAUGUAGCCAUCUGUAACCCUCUGAGAUACCCCAUCAUCAUGAGCAAGGUGGUGUAUGUACUGAUGGCUUCUGUGUCAUGGCUCUCUGGUGGAAUCAACUCAAUUGUUCAAACAUCUCUUGCCAUGCAGUUGCCUUUCUGUGGGAAUAAUGUUAUCAACCAUUUCACAUGUGAAAUAUUAGCUGUCCUUAAGCUAGCUUGUACUGAUAUAUCCCUAAAUAUUAUCACCAUGGUGAUAUCAAAUAUGGCAUUCCUGGUUCUUCCACUGAUAGUCAUUUUUUUCUCCUAUAUGUUCAUCCUUUACACCAUCUUGAGAAUGAACUCAGCCACAGGGAGACGCAAAGCCUUUUCCACCUGUUCAGCACAUCUGACUGUGGUGAUCAUAUUUUAUGGUACCAUCUUCUUCAUGUAUGCCAAGCCCAAGUCUCAAGAGUUUCCUGGGAACAAGUUGCAAACUUCAGACAAGCUCAUUUCUCUGUUUUAUGGGGUAGUGACCCCCAUGCUAAAUCCUAUAAUCUAUAGCUUGAGGAAUAAGGAUGUAAAAAUUGCUGUAAAAUGUCUGCUAAACCAAAAAGCUAUUCAGUAAGUAUAUCCUACACAGAAAAUGUAGGUCUUUUCAUAACAGGCACAGAGAUGGACUCAUAGGUCAAUUAGUUAACACCUUCUUUGGAGAAACUAUGGUUAAGGAGAGAUAUUUUUAUUCUUCCCCUUCCUAGCUUUACUCAGCUAGAAUUACUGAGAACUAUAGUUUGCUUUAAACUCAGCUUCCAAAAUGUCCUGGUCUAGAUUCCACAAGCAUGGUGAAUUCCAUUAGAAUCUCAUCUCUGGUGAUAUCUGGAAUGAGUGUUUCUGGUGUCGUGUGUAGAAACACAGUGGAAAACAUCACACGUAAGCUUUAGAAAUAGGUAAGAGUAAAAUAUCUGCAAUUUCACAAACUACCUAAGUGACAUUGGAUAGACGAUUCUUUGUAAGCCAUACUUACCUUACCUUGGAAUAAGGAAAUACGUAAAGCCAGGUUUUAGUGUCAUUUAAAGUUUCAAUAACUGGAGAAAGCACCUGGCAUAGCACUACUUCACAGUGUCUAGAAUUUCAGAAUUGAAGCUAAGACUCCAAAUUGAUGACUAAAAGUGACUACUGAGCACCUCUUUUACCAUAAGCUAAUAAUUACAAGAGCCAAAAUCUCCUCCUAGAAGUCACUCUGUUAAUAUCUUUGCCUUUCCCCUUAAAGCUAUAUAAAGCGAAGCUCAGGAGAGAGGAAGAAAUAACUGAGGGAAUUUUCUACCUUAUGGUGAGUCCACAAUGGGUUUUGGGCGAUAUUUCACA